AUGGAUGCGAUGCGGGACCCUCGUUAUGCCGAUUUGGUCGCGUCAAUGCCCCAGAAUACAUUCGUUGAAGCCCUACAUCUUCUUUCGCCGGGCUAUUUUAUAGAUCCGUAUCGUGAAAUACACCGACCACUCCAUCCAUCGACAGUACAAGCGAAAGGAUACAAGUCACUGGAGUCUGUCUUUGAUGAGUUUGUGAACAACGUCGCAGCAAUCGUGCAGCUUCGUCAAUCGGCCGGACACCACCUGGGUCUAGCUGAAUACACACAUCUACUAGACUGCGCGCGGUCAAUUGGCGAUGCGAUGGUGGCAGACAGGAUCUGGUACGGCAUGAAAGACAACGAAGUGAAUCCGGAUGUACAAUGCUACAACUACUACAUGGAAGCCAAGGUUUGGAACGGGGCGUACGCUGGUCGGGAAAAGUACAAUCUGCGAAUGACCCCAUUUGCCUAUCGCAAGCGAAGGUUCGUCGAUCCCAAUGAAGGCUGGCAGGGCUACGGGACUGCUGGUCGAAGUGUCCGUAAAGAGGUACUGGAUAUCUUCAAUGAGAUGACAGAGGCAGGACACCAAGGGAACGAAGCAACCUUUGUGAAUGUGAUUCUGGCUUGCGGCCGGGUAGGGCAUCUGAGAGGCAUCAAGAAUGUGCUCAAGACGGCGUGGAACGUCGAUGUCGAUGCACUGCUAGCAGAGCCAGACAACUCUAAGCUUCCUCCAGUCACGACCUACGAUCCCUCGUCACCUCUACGCCCUAGCAGCCAUCUCCUCUUCGCAGUUGCCCAUGCGAUUGGCACAAACAACAAAAUACCAGCUGCACUACGCACAAUCGAGUUUAUCUCUCAUUCCUAUAGCCUCGCAGUCCCAGAAAAGGUGUGGCUUGAGCUAUUCGAGCGGGCUUUCGUGCUGUCCCGUCCAAGAUUUGGCCCCGAUGCAAAGCGCAAUGCAAAAGGGAAGGUCCCCUACGACUUCCUAACUGUCAUGUUCCAAACCAUGAUCUCAGCGCCGUACAACGUCCGCCCAACAAUCCAAAUCCACCACAUGCUCGCCAAAACAGCCUGGGACCGAGACCGGCUCUCCGAGUUCCUGCACCACAUGCGCGCUGCCUGCGACGUGCUUACUGAAACACGACAAAGGCGAAAGAAAGCCCGAUACAUCAUCGAAGAAUACCUCUGCACAUUACACACCCACAACAACCCACAACAACGAAAUGAAGUCCUCAUCUCCCCCACCCUCGCAGAUGCAGUACACAACUACGACAUCCUCCGUCUCCGCACCGCCCAACAAACCAUGAUCAUGGAACGACUUGCCCGUCUCCUGAUGAUAAACAACCGCUGGACGGGCCGCAAUAAUCCAGUCUGGGAACGAUGUCUUCUCCCCCGCGCAGUCGAAGAAUGGCAGGAUUUCUUACCUGAAUCGUUCAAUUAUCAUACCCGUGGUGGAUUAGUGCAGUUCCGUGGAAAGACGCGUUGGGGCGAGGCUUAUGUCAACUACCACGAUAGGGUUCCUAUCCGGCGACGGGUUGCUGGCGAUCCUGGUGCAGAUGCAGAGGUAGAUGGAAAAGAGCAGCGUGAGGUUGAUGAUGAUUUCUUCUGGGAACGGUGUCGACGGGCGUUUUCAUCGGUGGAUUUUGAUAAUCCGCCGCUAAAUCGGUUGUUUUGGGGAUGUGGUGCUCCGAGGUUUGAGCAUGCUGCUGAUGAUGCGAAGUGA